AUGAAAAUCCACUCCGAGACGUCAAGGAAGAAGUGCGAUUCGGACUUAUAUGUGGCGAGCUGCCUGGUGGAUACUUACGUCAAGUGUGGGAGCAUGCUAGACGCGCGUAGGAUUUUUGACAGGAUGACGCAGCGGAAUGUGGUCUCCUGGAAUUCGUUAAUCUUGGGGUAUGCCGAGAAUGGAGAAGAGGAAGUGGCUUUAGAACUGUUCGGGCGGAUGAACAGCGAAGUCUUUAAGCCAGACGCUCAAACUUACGUUGCAGCGUUGAGCGCUUGCACUCGACUGGCGACUAAAGAAGUACCAAGGGACGCAGAAGAUGGCUUUCAGAUUUGGGCGAACUUUGUGGACCUGGAGAAGGGAAUGGCUGUUCAUGCACGGGCUGCAACCGAUGGCUUCGACUCCAACGUCUACGUUGCAAGCAGUUUGAUCGACAUGUAUUCCAAGUACGGUGUCCCAGACGAAGCUCGAAAGGUGUUUGACGAGCUCCAUCCUCCCAGGAACAACGUCGUGACUUGGAAUGUCAUGAUCCAGGGAUACGUAGAGAAUGGAGAAGCUGAGCUUGCUAUUGAGCUGUUCACGUUGAUGCUGCUUGAGGGGACGUGCUCGCCUAAUGCUCGAACUUUCGUAGCCGCGUUCAAGCGAGCUCUAGAGCUUGUCAAGUUCGUGGAGCUUGGCGAUGAUGCUGAUCGAUCGAGCAUUCUCUCGGGACUCAAUCUCUGCGCGUGCUUGGGAUCCAGAGGGGAAGUGGACGCAAAGAUGGUGUGCCUGGAGAGAGGCAUGGCGUUCCACAUUCAAGCUUACCAUGCCGGCUGGAAUGACUACGAGGUGGCUCGCGGACUUGUGGCGAUGUACGCCAAGUGUGGGAGCAUGGGGGAUGCUCGACGAGUUUUCGACACGAUGCCGAGAGACGACGUCGCAGCAUGGAGCUCGAUGGUCCUGGGCUAUGCCGAGAACAAGCAAGCAGCGCUGGGCUUGGAGCUCUUUCGAGAGAUUCCUCCUCGAGUUUUGGACGCUCACAGCUUGGCUGCUGCUCUCAAGGCUAGUGGAAGCCUGGCCUCUCUGGGACGGGGCAAAGCCACUCAUGCUCUAGCUUGCCGCCUGGGGAUGGAAGAAUCUCUCAUCGUUGGGACUAGUUUGGUCGACUUCUAUGGCAAGUGUGGAAGCAUGGUGGACGCUCGACUGGUUUUUGAUAAGAUCUUUGCCAAGGAGCUAGCGGCCUGGACAGCUCUCGUGGAAGGCUAUGGCCGUCAAGGAAGCUCCAAGCUUGUGAUGGAGCUUCUUUGUGGAAUUUUCAUGGCAGGGGAAACUCCUUAUUUGAUUCUAAAGUAA